GAAUUCCUAACAGAAAGUGAGAAUGGACAACAAAAACUAAACUUGGUAGCAUCCAAAGGAGAGCUGCUGUGCUCUGUUUUAACAAAAGAAAAGGCUGAAGUUAUCCAGGACAAAUGUGCUACUGCUAAAGAGGAUUGGAAAAAUUUUAUCACCACCCUCCACCAGAAGGAAUCUGUCUUGGAGAACUUAAAAAUCCAGAUGAAGGACUUUGAAGCAACUGCUGAGCCCCUGCAGGAGUGGCUGACCACAACUGAGAAGAUGGUACAAGGAAGUAGCAGUCGGCUCCAUGAUCUUCCUUCUAAGAGGAGAGAACAGCAAAAGUUGCAGUCUGUCCUUGAGGAAAUAAGCUGCCACGAGCAUCAGCUCAACAGGCUAAAAGAGAAAGCUCAGCAGCUGUGGGAAGAGCAAGCUGUCAGCAAAAGCUUUAUGCGCAGAGUGUCUCAGUUGUCUUCUCAAUAUCUUACUCUAAGCAAUCUGACAAAGGAAAAAGUUUCAAGAAUGGAUAGGGUGGUAGCAGAGCACCAGCAGUUCUCGCACAGUGUCAAGGACCUUGAGGACUGGGUGGCUGAUGCAGUUCACAUGCUGGAUUCCUACUGCCAUCCUACUGCAGACAAGAGUGUUCUGGACAGCCGGAUGUUAAAGCUAGAGGGACUGCUAGCAGUAAAACAGGAAAAAGAAAUCCAAAUGAAAAUUAUUCUAACAAGAGGAGAAUCUGUUCUGCAAAAUACUUCUCUGGAGGGAGUAUCAGUGAUUGAACGGCAGUUGCAAACCCUGAAAGACAGCUGGGCUUCUCUUUUGUCUGCUUGUAUCCAGUGCAAGAGUCAACUGGAAGGAGCUCUUUCCAAAUGGACAAGUUACCAGGAUGAUGUUCGUCAGUUUUCCAGCUGGAUGGAUAAAGUAGAAGCAAGUAUGAACGCUUCUGAAAUGCAAUAUGCUGAACUGAGGGAAAAAACAGCUGCCCUCAGCAAAGCAAAGCUACUCAAUGAAGAAGUGUUGAGUCACAGCAGCCUGUUGGAGACGAUUGAAGUGAAAGGAAGUGGGAUGGCUGAGCAUUAUGUCACUCAGCUUGAACUCCAGGACCUUCAGGAGCGGUAUAAGUUCCUCAAAGACAGAACAAGGGAGGCAGUAACGAAAGCUGAAGGCCUGCUUAACUUACAUCAAGCAUACCAAAGAAAUCUGAAGGUCUUUGAAGUAUGGCUGGAGAAGGAACAGGAAAAACUUGACCAUUUAUCACAUCUUGAUGGUGAUGUCCAGAAACAGGAGGCAACACUCCGAGGCUUACAGGAGCUGCAGGUCCACUGUGCAGAAGGACAAGCAUUAUUGAAUGCUACUGUCCAUGCCAGAGAGGAGGUGAUUCCCUGGGGCAUUCCUCAGAUAGAAGAUCGAGCCCUGGAAUCCUUACGGCAGGAUUGGCAAGUUUAUCAACACAGACUUUCUGAAGCAAGAAGCCAAUUAAAUGCCACUGUGAGCAGACUGAGGUUAAUGGAGAAAAAAUUUCAGAAGGUUAAUGAGUGGCUAACAGACCUGGAGGGGAAAGUUGCUGUCAGGACUGGGAGUCAGUCUGGUAGAGCAACAAAGGAAAUGCAGCUUCAACAAAUGAAGAAGUGGCAUGAAGAAAUUACAAUCUACAAAGAUGAUGUGGAGGAAGUUGGGGUAUUGGCACAGCAAAUACUAGAGGAAAGUCUCACUUCAAGCAGAAUGGGAAGCCAGGCUACACAGCUUACAUCACGCUAUCAAACUCUUCUUCUUCAUGUCUUGGAGCAAAUAAAGUUUCUGGAAGAAGAAAUACGCUGUAUGGAAGAGUCAGAACUGGCUUUUAGCGCUUAUGCAAAUUGGUAUGGAGCAACUAACAAGAACUUCAGAAAUGUGAUCACCAAGUUCGACAUGGUUGAUAAAACAGCAAUGGAGAAAAAAGUGCAGAAACUAGAGCUGCUAUUGAGUGAUAUGGACAUAGGCCACAGUUUACUGAAAUCUGCCCGUGAGAAGGGGGAGCGAGCUAUAAAGUACAUGGAGGAAAAUGAAGUUGACCAGUUAAGAAAAGAAAUUGGAGAUCAUGUGGAACAGCUUGAGGAGCUGGCUGGCUCCAUCAGGAAAGAGCACAUGACUUCAGAGAAGUGUCUUCAGCUGGCAAAAGAGUUCUCAGACAAGUACAAGGCACAGACUCAGUGGGUCAUGGAGUACCAAGCCAUGUUACAUACUCCCGUGGAGCCAAAGAGCGAACUCUAUGAGAAGAAGGCCCAGUUGUCCAAAUACAAGUCUAUACAACAGACUGUUCUGUCCCAUGAACCUUCAAUAAAAUCAGUGAUUGAAAAGGGAGAAGCACUUUUUGAUCUGGUGAAUGAUGUGACUCUAAAGAACAACAUUCAAGACCUUCAGAGCAGUUACCAGGAACUCUGCAGCACAACAAAGGCAUACGUUGAAACUUUAGAGGUGAGAGUAAAAGAACAUGAGGAUUACAACAGUGAUUUGCAAGAAGGGGAGAAAUGGUUAUUACAUAUGUCCAGCAGGCUGGUCAGCCCUGACCUCAUGGAGAGUAACAGUCUUGAAAUAAUUACUCAGCAGCUAGCUAAUCACAAGGCUAUCAUGGAAGAAAUUGCAGGAUUUGAAGAUCGUUUGAAUAACCUUAAGAGUAAAGGUGAUUACUUGAUCAGUCAAUGCACAGAACAUCUUCAAGCAAAAUUUAAGCAAAACAUACAAAGCCACCUUCAGGGGACAAAAGACAGCUAUUCUGCGAUAUGUAGCACAGCCCAAAGAGUGUACCAGAGUUUGGAAAAUGAACUCCAGAAACAUGUUAAUCAUCAGGACACCCUACAACAGUGCCAGACGUGGCUGUCUACAGUGCAGUCAGAGUUAAAGCCAACUACCUGGCCACCCUUCAGCUUGGCAGAUGCAGUUAAACAGAUUGAGCAACAGAUAAUGCAUUCACAGUAUUUGGCUCAAGGCUGGGAGGAGAUCAAACAAAUGAAGGCUGAGUUCUGGAUAUAUUUCCAGGAUGCAGAUCAACAACUACAGAAUUUGAAAAGGAGACGGGCAGAGCUGGAGCUAAACAUUGCCCAGAAUAUGGUACUCCAGGUUAAGGAAUUCAGUCAGAAGUUGCAGUCAAAGCAGUCAGCUCUUAGUUCUGUGACUGAGAAGAUGAACAAACUAACCCAAGGACAAGAAUCACCUGAACACAAGGAAAUAGGAGAACUGAGCAACCAGUGGCUGGACCUCUGCCUUCAGGCACAUAGUUUGCUCGUACAGAGGGAGGAGGAUCUGCAGAGGACAGGGGAUUACCAUGAUCGCAUGAAUGUAGUUGAAGUUUUCUUGGAAAAGCUCACAAAAGAGUGGGACAACCUGGCUAGAUCUGAUGCUGAAAGUACAAAUGCGCACCUUGAAGCUUUGCAAAAACUAGCACUGGCACUACAGGAAAGAAGAUUUGCUCUAGAAGAUUUGAAAGAUCAGAAACAGAAGAUGAUAGAACAUCUGAAUCUUGAUGACAAAGAAUUAGUAAAGGAGCAAUUUGGUCAUUUUGAGCAACGCUGGACUCAGCUAGAGGACCUUGUCAAAAGGAAAAUUCAAGUUUCUGUUUCAACCUUAGAAGAGCUCAGUUUGGUGCAUUCCAAAUUUCAGGAACUAAUGGAAUGGGCAGAGGAGCAACAACCUAGUAUCUCAGAGGCUCUUAAGCAGAGCCCACCCCCAGAUUUGGCUCAGAGUCUUCUCAUGGAUCAUCUUACAAUUUGCAGUGAGCUUGAAGCCAAACAACUUGUUCUGAAGACAAUUGUGAAGGAUGCUGACAGGGUGAUGACCAAUCUAGGGCUCAAUGAAAGGCAGGAGCUGCAGAAAUCACUUUCCGAUGCACAGCACCACGUAGCUUGUCUCAGUGAUCUGGUUGGCCAGAGGAGAAAGCACCUGAAUAAAGCACUGUCUGAAAAGACCCAGUUUCUCAUGGCAGUCUUUCAGGCUACAAACCAAAUUCACCAGCAUGAGAAGAAGGUAACAUUUCUGGAACACAUUUGUCUGUUGCCAGAAGAUGUGAACAAACAGAUCAGGACUUGUAAGAAUGUCCAGGCUAACCUGAAGGCCUAUCAAAAUGAAGUCACAGUGUUGUGGGCUCAAGGAAGGGAUUUAAUGAAAGAAGCAACAAAACAAGAAAAGAGUGAAGUGUUAGGUAAACUGCAAGAACUACAGAAUGUGUAUGACACUGUUUUACAGAAGUGUAACCAGAGAUUGUUAGAAUUGGAGAAAAAUACGGUUUCCAGGAAGUAUUUCAAAGAAGACUUGGAUAAAGCUUGCCACUGGCUAAAACAAGCUGAUAUUGUCACAUUCCCAGAAGUCAAUGUAAUGAAUUCUAACUCUGAACUAUGUAGCCAGUUGGCAAAAUAUCAACAGAUUCUUGAGCAAUCUCCAGAAUAUGAAAAUCUGUUACUUGCACUGCAAAGAGAUGGCCAAGAAAUUCUACCGUCACUUAAUGAAGUGGAUCAUUCUUACCUAGAUGAGAAACUUAAUAUUCUCCCUCAGCAAUUCAAUACUGUCACUGCUCUGGCAAAAGAAAAAUUAUAUAAAGUUCAGGAAGCAAUUUAUGCCAGAAAAGAAUAUGCCUCUUUGAUUGAGUUGACAAGUAAAGCUCUGACUGAACUAGAAGAUCAGUUUAUUAACAUGGACAAAGCUCCAGCUGCUGUUUUAGUCAAAGAAGCUAUGUCACUCCAGCAGGCCUACAGAGGUGUUUUAGGUGAAGUGGUGAGCCUUGGUGCAGCAGUGGAUGAACUAAACCAGAAGAAGGAAGCAUUUCGAAGCACUGGCCAGCCAUGGCAAUCAGAUGAGAUGUUAAAACUUGUUACACUGUAUCACAAGUUGAAGAGGCAAAUAGAACAGAAAAUCAACAUGUUGGAAGACACAAUAGAAGCGUGCCAGGAGCAUGAGAAAAUGUGUACACAAUUUGAGGCACAACUAGAGGCAGUGGAGAAGGAACAGAUUAAGGUAAAUGAAGAAACGCUCCCAAUAGAAGAAAAGUUGAAAAUAUACCAUUCUCUGGUGGGCAGCUUGCAAGACUCUGGGAGUCUUCUGAAACGAAUAACUGAACACCUAGAAGCUCUUUCUCCUCAUUUUGACUCAUCUGCCUGUGAGACAACAAAUCAACAAGUGCAGUCUUGGCAAGAGAAACUCAAGUCUUUGCAUGCUGCCAUUGGUGACACUGUGAUGGAGUGUGAGAAUAGACUUGUGCAAAGCAUAGACUUCCAGACAGAAAUCUGUCGCUCACUUGACUGGUUGAGAUGGGUGAAAACAGAACUUAAUGGAACAUUAAGUUUGGACCUCAAACUGCAAAGCAUCCAAGAAGAAAUCAGAAAGGUUCAGAUACAUCAGGAAGAAGUGCAGUCAAGCUUGAGAAUAAUGAAUGCACUAAGCAAUAAAGAGAAAGAGAGAUAUAUGAUAGCAAAGGAGCUGAUACCUGCUGACCUAGAAGACACUCUUGCUGAGCUGACAGAACUAGACAGUGAAGUUCAAGAAGCUAUACGCACAAGACAGACUACCUUGAAUAAAUUAUAUAGCCUUUGCGAAAGAUACUACCAAGUGAUGCAGACAGCAAAUGACUGGCUUGAAGAUGCUCAGGAAUUUCUACAUUUAGCAAGAAAUGGUCUUGAUGUUGAGAACUCUGAGGAGAACCUAAAGAGCCACAUUGAAUUUUUCAGCACAGAAAGUCAGUUCAGUAAUCAUUUGAAGGAGUUACAGAACCUUGUGUCUGAGAUAAAGCCCUUUACCCAAGCCACAACAAGAGAGCAGCUAAUGCAGAAUGUAGCUGCAUUGGAGGAAAAGGCCAAAGGGACAAAACAAGAAGCCAAAACCCAGCAAGAGCAGUUGCAAAGGUGUACUUCUGAGUGGCAGGAGUACCAGACAGCAAGACAGAAAGUUAUUGAAGUGAUGAAUGAGGCUGAGAAAAAAUUAUCUGAAUUCUCAGUAGCUAAAGCCGCUUCUUCUCAUGAAGCAGAAGAGAAAUUGCUGACACAUAAGACUCUUGUGUCUGUAGUGAAUUCUUUCCAUGAGAAGAUCACAGCCCUAGAAGAAAAGGCUUCGCAGCUGGAAAAAGUUAGCAAUGAUGCCAGUAAGGCAACUAUAAGUAGAUCCAUGACAACAGUUUGGCAGCGCUGGACACGGCUCCAGAAUGUAGCCCAGGAACAAGAGAAAAUUUUGGAAGACGCAGUGCAGGAAUGGAAGGGCUUUAAUGAUAAGAUUCAGAAAGCCACAAUAGGAAUAGAUGAGCUACAAGGUCGCUUACCAGAAAGCUCAGUAGAAAAGGCAUCCAAGAUAGAGCUCCUGGAACUCUUGGACUACCACAGUAGUUUCCUUCUGGAGGUGGAGCGCCAGAUGUCUUCUUUGGGCCUGCUCAAACAGCACGCUGUCAGCAUGCUUCAGGAUGUGGAAAUAAAGCCUCCAUCUCAAGAGGAACUACCAGUCAUGCAAGAAAUCAAAGCAAUGCAAGACCGCUGUCACAAUAUGCAACAGAAAGUGAAAAAAGGUGUGAAGAUGGUGAAACAGGAGUUGAAGGAGCGUGAGGAGGUUGAAGCAGAGAUUAAUAUUGUGAAGUCCUGGAUCCAGGAAACAAAUGAAUAUUUAUUAAGCCCUGAUGCAGAAGUGGAUACUCAGCUUCAGGAGUUGCAGUCGCUCCUUGGUGAAGUAACUACUCAUCGUCAGGCUGUUGAAAAAAUGGCUGAACAACAACAGAAUAAGUACUUGGGACUCUAUACAAUUUUGCCUUCUGAACUCUCUCUUCAUUUAUCAGAAGUUGGACUGGCCCUCAUAAAUGUACAGGAUCAGAUUGAAGCCAAAGAAAAAGAAACUCAGCAGAUCAAAACAUUGAAUCAAGAGUUUGGUCAGAAAAUUCAGGGGAUAGCAAAUGAACUAAAUGCCAUUCUUUCCAAACUGAAAAAGAAAACAAAUGAUAUAGCACAAGCUAAAAUUGAGCAAAAGGUCCUCGGUGAAGAGUUGGACAGCUGCAAUAUAAAGCUGUUGGAAUUAGAUGCAUCAGUCCAGGACUUUGCAGAACAGAACACACCGCUGGCUAAGCAGCUGGCAAACAGAAUAGCAAAACUCACUGCAUUGCACCAACAGACUAUACGGCAGGCUGAGUACAGAGCAGCCAAGCUCAGUCAGGCUACUUCACACUUGGAAGAAUACAAUGAGAUGCUGGAAUUCAUAUUGAAAUGGAUUGAGAAAGCAAAUAUUCUAGUACAUGGUAGUAUAACAUGGAAUUCUUCCUCUCAGCUUCGUGAUCAGUUUAAAGCUUACCAGACUAUGCUUGAUGAGUCUGGAGAGAUUCAUGGUGACCUUGAGGCCAUGAGUGAGAGGAUUGAGUAUCUGGCAAGUGUAUACUGUACUGAAGGCAUGUCACAGCAGGUGCUGGAACUGGGACGGCGGACAGAGGAAUUGCAGCAGGUUAUCAAAGGGCAGCUACCAAAUCUCCAAGAUGCUGCCAAGGACAUGAAGAAAUUUGAAGUUGAGCUGAGAGCCCUGCAGGUUGCUCUGGAGCAAGCCCAGGCCACACUCACCUCUCCAGAACUUGGACAUUUGAGCUUGAAAGAGCAACUCUCUCACAGACAG